CCUCGUGAACCGGCUUUGUGGUUUUCAUCCAUCCUCACGCCGUUUUUUAAUUACACCUAUCAACACACUCCACUACAACGGAUGAUGCUCGCUUCGCACUGAUUUCAACCAUAUUUAUUCACCAAACCGAUCAUAUGAACAUAGAAGAAUACAUUGAAGAAGAUGAGGAACCACCUUUGCUGCUCAGCUCUUGUCCUUCUCACGGUGUUUGGCUGUGGUGGGACUGCAGCAGUGCAGUGUCGGUGGGUGGAAGGGUGUGUGUGUCUGCAAUGCCCUGCAGGCGAGGAGCCCUCCAAGGCUUGUGGACAGAUCCAAAGUCGAACAGAGGAAGUGCGAUGCCAAAUGUGCUCAACUGGAAGCUUUUCAGAUGCAUUCGACUCUGAACUUUGCCGUCCACAUGCCUCCUGCAAGAUCCUCCGCCGAAUUGUUGCAACCCCUGGCACUGCGACCUCAGAUGCCAUCUGUGGGGACUGUCUGCCUGGGUUUCAGUCCACUGCCACAGGGGAAGUUUCCACCCAGAGUUCCUGUGUGAAAAACGCUUUGCAUGUCAGAACAGUUCGCACAGUGGGUAAAGGUCCCUCCGCUGGUGCUGGAGGACCAAUUAAUGGCACGGUGGUUCGCAGCGCUGAGGAGAAGACAGCAGAGUACGCUGUUUUUGCUUUGGUGCCCAUCUUCUGUGUGAUGGGCCUGUUGGGUAUCCUCAUCUGCAACAUCCUGAAGAAGAAGGGAUACCGCUGCACAGCUGAGAAGGAAGGAGGGGAUGAAGAGACCCCCACACCCCAGAAAGAAGGUAACAAUUGUCCCUACAUAUCUGAUGACCUGAAUGAAGACACCAUCAGUGUGCUGGUUCGCCUCAUCACGGAAAAGAAAGAAAAUGCUGCUGCACUGGAGGAACUGUUGCUGGAGUACGAGAGCAAACAGAUGGCCAUGAGCAAAAGCUCCUCAAUCAAGUUCCCAAUGCUGUCUCCCCUCUCGCCAUUCCGCUCCCUCCCCAGGCUCUGCCCCCAUCAGUCCCACCUCCACACCAUCUCUGGCCUGUCUGGCCUGGCCCCCAAACAUGGCUACCGCUGCUCCCGUUGCGCUCAGAGGAAAUGGCCCCCCGUUCUCAUACCUCCUCUGGAUUCCCUCAAGGAUCCCCUGAAGCCCCCUCAGACCCUCAUCCUGACCUCCCUGGACACAUCCACCGACCAGCAGAAGAGCCCCCUGCUGGGGGGAGUGUGUGUCGACACCCUUACACAAGCUGUUGUGCCAAAUACUGUACAGGAAAAAGUAGAAAGGAAUGAAGUGAGGGAGAAGAAGGAGGGAGAGCUGACAGUGUUGUCUGUGGGGAGAUUUCAAGUUGCUCAAAUUCCCGAGCAGAAGCCUGUCUCCAUGGAAACCAAGACAUCAUCCCAGGAGCAGAGGAACUCCCUGUUUGGUGGGAAACACUUCUCUUCAUCAUCAGGCAUCAGGAGGUGA